CACACUGUCAGGACAUUCUUAGCCUACUCACACGCACACACACACAUGUUUUGUUAUACUUCACACAUACAAAUGGAGUACUACUGCACCCUCCUACUCUGGAUUGUACUGCCAGGGUUCCAUGACUGUUUCAACAUUGACACCAGGAACCACAGGAUCAUAAAAGGACCCAGGCAGACUCAGUUUGGCUACACUGUCCAACAGCACACAGCAGGGGGACAGAAGUGGUUACUGGUAGGAGCCCCACUGGAAACUAAUGGGCAGCAUCAGACAGGAGACGUGUACAAAUGUCCCUUAAGCAGAAGAUCUGGAGGGCCCAGCUGCACCAAACUCAAUCUUGGAAGGAUCUCCUUGACAAAUGUCUCUGAGCGUAAGGAUAAGAUGAGACUUGGAAUGACCCUUUCAUCUAACCCUAAAGAUAACAGCUUUGUGGCUUGUGGUCCCCUUUGGUCAUACGAAUGUGGCAGCUCAUACUACAGCACUGGAAUUUGCUCCAGAGUCAAUGCCAGCUUCAAAUUUUCCCGGACAAUUGCUCCUGCUUUCCAAAGGUGUGAGACAUACAUGGACAUAGUGAUAGUCCUGGAUGGUUCAAAUUCAAUAUACCCCUGGAAUGAAGUCCAAGAUUUCCUUAUAAACAUCCUCCGCAAGUUUUACGUUGGGCCAGGACAGAUUCAGGUUGGAGUGGUGCAGUAUGGAGAAAAAGUGGUGACUGAGUUUAAUCUGAACGACUUCCGCUCUGUGGAGGACGUGGUCAAAGCAGCCCGUAAGAUAGGCCAGCGAGGAGGGGAAGAAACCAACACUGCAUUGGGAAUCAGUGUUGCACGCUCACAGGCCUUUAAAAAGGGAGGUAGAAAAGGAGCAAAAAAGGUGAUGAUUGUCAUAACUGAUGGUGAAUCACAUGACAGCCCUGACCUACAGCAGGUCAUCGAGGACAGUGAGAAGGACGGCAUUACCCGAUAUGCCAUCGCUGUUCUGGGCUACUAUAAUCGCAGAGGCAUCAACCCUGAAGCUUUCCUCAAUGAGAUCAAGUACAUCGCUAGCGAUCCUGAUGAUAAGCAUUUUUUUAAUGUGACAGAUGAGGCAGCAUUGAAGGAUAUUGUGGAUGCUCUGGGAGAGAGGAUCUUCAGUUUAGAGGGGACUAGCAAGAAUGGGACAGCAUUUGGUCUCCAGAUGUCUCAGGCUGGCUUCUCCACACACAUAGUGGAGGAUGGUAUUUUAGUGGGAGCUGUGGGGGCUUAUGACUGGAAUGGAGCUGUGCUGAAGGAGACUCUUCAGGGAAAAGUGGUUCCUCCAAAGUCCUCAUAUGAACAAGAGUUCCCAGAAGAACUGAAAAACCAUGGGGCAUAUCUGGGUUACGCAGUGACCUCUGUAGUGUCAGCUCGCAGUGGUCAGUUAUAUGUCGCAGGAGCUCCACGGUUUAACCACACAGGCAAGGUCAUCGUAUUCACCCUGAAAAAUACUGGAGAGCUUACUAUAUUACACUCACUAAAGGGACAGCAGAUAGGAUCAUACUAUGGAAGUGAGAUUGCUCCAGUUGACAUUGAUGAUGAUGGAAUAACAGAUAACCUGUUGGUGGCUGCCCCCAUGUUCUUCAGUGGAGGGUGGGAGAAAGGCAAAGUCUACAUUUACAAAGUGACAGAGCAGCCUCGUUUCAUACUGGAGGGCUCGCUGGAGAUCUUAGAUCAAGGCCAGAAUGCCCGUUUCGGCUCAGCACUGGCCCCCGUGCCUGACCUUAACGGAGAUUCAUUUAAUGAUGUGGUGGUGGGAGCUCCACUGGAGGAUGACCACAAAGGGGCCAUUUAUAUCUACCACAGUCAACGCAAUAGAAUACUGAGGAAAUACAAACAGAGGAUUGGUGCAAUUCAGCUGGCCCCUGGUCUGCAGUACUUUGGUCGCAGUAUCCAUGGGAAGAUGGAUAUAAAUGGAGAUGGCCUGGUGGAUCUGGCUGUGGGGUCCCUCGGAGCAGCUGUACUUCUUUGGUCACAAAGUGUUGUCCGCAUCCAUGCCACUGUUCGAUUUGAGCCCAGCAAGAUCAAUAUAUUCAAUAAAGACUGUCGGAGAGGAGGGAAGGAUGUGACUUGCAUGUCGGCUAUCGUAUGUCUCAAUGUCACAGCCCGGACCCCUAUCAGAGCCUCACAGGAAAUAGCUGUCAGAUACAGUGCAUUCAUUGAGGAGAAGCGCUUUAAUCCUCGAGCAGUAUUUGAUGUCCCAGAUCAGCAACAGCCACAGAAUCUCACACUGUUUCCUGGAGAGGAGACCUGUGACCACAUCUACUUCCACGUCAUGGAGACUACAGACUAUGCCAGGCCCAUCACAUUCACUGUAGAGACAGGCCUGCUGGACCCAGAACAAGGCCCAUCUCUAGAUGAUAGCUGGCCAACUACUGUGAUAAAACAGCUUCCUUUCUGGAAUGGAUGUGACGAAGAGGACCAUUGUGUCCCAGACUUGGUGUUACAAUCUCAGACUGAUCUAAUGAAUCGCAAGCAGUUCUGUGCACAGGCAUUUCGUGCAGGCAGUGUGUUAUGUCGGAGUCAGACUUUAGCAGAACCUUCUGAACGCAUUAUGGAGGGAUCCAGGAGGAGGAUGGUAAUUGAUGUGCAUCUAGAAAACAGAGGGGAGAAUGCCUAUGGAGCCAAGCUAAACAUCUCUUAUACUCCAAACCUACGCUUCUCCAGCCUUAUAGUGAAGGAUAACUCUGAUAUACAUAUAGACUGCCAUGGUCAGAACAGGCGAAAAUAUGAGAAAUCUUGCAACAUUAGUGCACCUUUUAUGAGGGCAAAGACACAGGUAACAUUUCGUUUGGAAUUGGAAUUCAGUCACUCAGUGCUGCUGGAUCAUAUACGGCUCAUUCUGGAGGUUAUCAGUUGGGGUGAGGAAGUUGCCUUAUAUGACAACAUUAAUCACAUUUUCUACACGCUGAGAUAUGAGGCUGAUCUUCUCUUCACAAGAGAUUUUUAUCCGACUCGAUAUGAACUUAAACCAGACCUCUCUCUGGAGGUACCAGGUGAUGUCAACCCUCCUUUCAACUUUACCUUUCAGAUCCAGAACCUUGGAUAUUUCCCUGUCCGAGAUUUGCAACUAUACAUUGCAAUCCCUGAAGUCACAAAGAAUGGCAAUCAGCUCUUGCAGAUCAGGGAUUUCCACGUAGAUCAGGUAGGUGGAAGUCAUUGUAUCCCUCCUCAGCAUGUGGCAUACAGUCGGGCCUCUCCAGAGGACCUGUCCAGAAUAUCUCGACUGAACUAUUCCAACACCCUGGCUGUGCCAGUGCAGUGUACAGUCAACUUGCCUUCCUACAGAGACGUGAACGUGAAAAUUUAUGGAUUCCUCUGCACUGAUGCACUGCAUGCUCUGAAGUUCAAAACCCUUGAACUGGUGACAACAGCCUCUGUGGAGCUGAGUCCCUCCAGUGCCAUGUUUCUGCAUGAGGAGAGGCCAGUCAGACAUAUAACCCUUGAGAUCAGGAAAGAGGAGGAUUACCGUGUUCCUAUCUGGAUUAUAAUAGGCAGUACACUCGGCGGCUUUUUACUUCUCUCUCUCCUCAUUCUGGCACUUUGGAAGUUGGGUUUUUUCCAAAGGCAGAAACGAAAUGAGGAUGCAGAGAAUGAGGCCAAUGGGAAGGUGGUGGAAGAGCGAUAACGCAGGCUGCUCAAGAUGGUAGACAGGCCUACUUCUCAGGGACCAACCCACAGCAAAAUUAGACAUCUCUGAAAACAGAGAUACAAAGAGAGUGGCUGAGAGAGGGGGAAUAGAGAAAAAGUUGGACUUGUGACAAUUAAGAAGGAUAAGGAGAAAAGGAUAUGCUCUGUGCACUUGACAAUCUGUUGUUCAGCCAUGAAAAAAAACUGCCAAUGACCCUCACUGUGCCUGCACUGCUUACUGAGCCUAUGGAGAUUGGUCUCAGUCUCACAUCUGAUCCUAGAUCCAAACCCUCAGAGAGCCUGAUGUUCACAGCAACUUAAGAGACAGUCUUCUGAGAGACAGAAUCAAAAGAAAGACUUUAUAAAGGAAUGCUUGUCAGGGGAAAAUGCAUAAAAAAAGGAAAUAAUUCCUUUUUCACAUGGUCUUUGAAAGCUCAGUUAUUUCCUAAUCCUUGGCCAAAACUAUUGUCUGACUGCGAAUACACGUGAAAAACCUCAAACAUCCAUAUUUUCUGGUGCGUUUUUUUAGACAAAACAGGACAUCUUGGUAAAAGGAAGUGGGGGAAGAAGUGCACAAGUUAACUUACUCAAUAACUAUGUUUCCAUCCAAGGAUUUUUGGUGGAAAAAGUUUUAGCGCAUCAAAAUAAAGUGGAUGGAAAUGCACAUUAUUGCUAAAAUGUCACUAAUGUCGACAUAAUAUUUUUCAGUGUAACUCUAUAAACUCUAUGACGAUACAUCAAAUAUCGCAAAAAAUGUUUUGGAAACACUUUUUGUUGAUAAAAUUGGCAUUAACGCAAAAAUGUAGUGUCAUAUGAGUUUGCCCUAAUCGUUAGCCUGUGUUAAUCAUGAUGAUAGUAUUGAAAGCUAAUUCAUUGUACGUUAUUAUGGAUUGAUCUUUAUGGCAUAUAGAGCCGAUCUGCAAAAAUGAUACUUUCAGGAGUGCCAACACAAAUAUCUCGUGCAUGUUGAACAAAUGAAUGGCCACUUACAUUAAUCGCAUACCCAUCCAUUUAUUUAUUAAGUUUCUUGUCCACACCAUUCAAAAUAAUAGACGGCAGUCACAAAAUUUGCCCACAGUACAAAAAAAAACAAAAAAAAAAAACAUAUAAUUUCUGUGCAUAAAGAUGUUUUAAAUUAAGAAUAAAUUCACAAUACUAGGUGAAAAGCUUCAGCGUGCUUACAGCCCAAUUCUAUUAAAUUAUUGUUUAGUCUUUUUUUUUAGAGCUAUAAAUACCUUUUCUUUUCUCAAACUUAAAUUAGCUUUACCCUGUUAGUCGGCUGAAUGACAUUCUCAGAAUGUUCUAGACUUUUUUCAAGAAUAUAAACUAUCGGAACUAUUUUUCCAAUGCUGAGUUCACUUUCAGAAAAUGAGCUUUUGAACAUUUUAAAACUUUAAAUAUUUUAAAUCUAACCCUCUUUCCUCAGAUCGCAUUUAAAGCUUCUUCAGAAAAUAUAAUUCGCAUUUUGAAGCUAAAAUACAUUUUAGAUGAUAAUCAAGUUUAGUGGGUCAUUAACAGUUGCUGGAGAAAUAUGCGGGACAUAAUGCAGUUGUGAUGGCGAUUGAUUAGAGGAUUGUUCAAAAUAUUGAAUAUCAGGAAUGUAUCAUGUGUAAACCCUGAUAUAACACCGCAUCAGUUUUCUUUAAUAGCUGUGCAUGCAUACACAUCGAUUGAUGGUCCUUAUACUGAGACCGAACAUUUCCACCUCUACUUGUGCAGGUUGCCAGCUUGAACAAGGCCAUGACGAUCUGCUAUCGGGUCGGAACCGAUGACAACCUGCGAUAGGUGCAACAUCAGGACCAAUAUUACAGUCCUAUCAGAAGAGCAACUGCUCCCUUUUGAUUGCAAUUCCUCCUCUUCUGAUUGCUUUUAUUAGUGAAAUUAAAAUGACAGUAAACUGGAUAAUUUUAAUGAAUUGUCUCAAUAAUCUCCCCAUUUUACCAAAACUUCGGAGGAAAUAAUUAGGGACAUCUGGGAUGCAAAUUAGCGAUAAACACACAUUUCUGUAUGGAAACGGCUUCAGGGCAGAUUUUUUUUGCUCUAAACCAAAACUUAUGCGACUAAGAGUUUUUUAUAGGCAUAACGUCAUCACGCACACCAUUUAUCGCUAAAAGGCCAUUUGAAUGGAAACGGGCAGAAGACGGCAAUUGUCGCAAAUUGUUUUCUUGCAUUUUCACUUUGUCGAUAACAAAAUAGCUCGAAAGGUGGAUGGAAACUUGGCUAAUUUAAUAAAUGUGGUUAUAAUAUGUAAUGGUGGGCACUGGAGGUUUUUUUUUUUUUUUUUAUACGGUGGUCAUAAUUUAUUGAAUAGAAUUUGAACAUCCUUAUUGACUUUACAUUGUUUUAUGAAAUAUCCUCCUCUACCAUAUAACAAUUAUUUAAUCUAUUAUAUUAAACAUUUUUUGUCUUUAAAAAUAGAGGGGAACAUUUACUGUUGUUUUUAAACAUUAAUGCACUUUUCAUAUUAUAGUAAUACAGACUUGAACUUUGUAAAUAUACAGGUUAACUUUUUAACAUAAGUUUCAAAAUUUGCUUUCAUUAGGAUUGUGGAAUUAUAAUGUACUGUAUGUCUAGUAAGAAAUCAGUCCUAGUUUAGCUUCCACGAUAGAGCAGCACAUCCUCAAGUUUGCUUCUCACCUCAACAAGUAGCCUUGAAAGGGUACGCUUCCUGUACAGUAUGUCAACCAGGCCAGUGAUGCCUUUGAAGAUCUGUGUUGUUUGUUCCCUGAAGAUAUCAAUAGAAUUGCUCAAAUGUUACCUAAAUUUGAGUAAAAGUAAGAUGUUUGGUGUUUACAAUGCUAUGAAACAUCCUUAUAAUUUCCAGAUCUAAUGUAGUCAUGGAUUCCUAUUCUCUAAUACUAAAUCAUAUAUUAUAUUUAUAAGUGGAAAUAUAAAUAUGUAAAUGAAGAAUUAGGACAAUGAAUGAGCAUUCAUAUAUGACACAGAAAUAUAAAUGGCAUUUGUGUUGAAGUGUAAUAAAUGCAAAUUGUUUUGUGGAAGGUCAAAUCUGCAUCUAAAUUUUCCCCAAACAUGGUCAUGGUGAAUUGUACAAACAGUACUGGUAGCCCACUGAGUUUUCUGUCAAUUAACACUGAUUUGAUUUCCACAGUAUAAAGUUCUGCUUAUAAACAAUUAUAAGAAUAUAAGAAAUCUAAGAAAAUUAUUCUUAUAUUAAGAGCAAUAUAACUGGGCAGCUGAUGUGACAUGUUUUCAAAGUCCCUCCAUAAAAUAUUAUACAAUAAAAAAUCAUAAAAAGUAUUUUUAAGUACAGUAUUCUCAUUUUCGUCAUGCAAAUUUGAGCAGAAUAUGGUAAUAUAGUAUAGCCCUAGAA